AUGGACCUACUGCGCGAGAUGCAGAUCGCCACAUGUAUUAGCCUUACCUCAAUGGUCUGUGUCAUUGGCGCCACAUACAUACUACCACGUUUCUGGGUAACGCCACUCCUACAUGUUCUGCUUGUGUACUGGUGUCUCACUGCUGUUUAUAUCGUAUUCCGAGUUUGGACCUUUGAGACGCUGAAGGAGCCUAGACAUCCGGAACCACAGACCUUUGAAGAAUUCUGUGCGAUGCUAGGCUACAAACCCAAGGGGAUGUCUUGUGAGAACACAAGUGACUGGGAAGACAUAGAAGAUACGAGCAACUCAUCCGAGACAUUUGGUGUUGAUACACCUUCCGAGACUGGCAGGUCCAGCUCAAGCAGUACUUCCAUCUCGACAGAUUCCGAUACUUCCUCUGACUCGGACGACACAAUUUCCUCUCUCGGCAGUGCCAUACAACCCUUUCCACAACAGAAAGCACCAAGGUAUUACAAAGGUCCACGUGCUCGUUUAGAAGCGGCCAUAAGACGCAGAAAAAUAGCGAGACCAACCGAUACCGCCGCUACGAUGAUCCAACAGCCAGAACCACCAAAGUCGAAAGAUCAAACCCCGAUCAAAACCCUUGCGGUGAAGCUGAAUCAACCACCAAGGGAAAACCUGCCUGAACGUUCACACAUACCUAGGAGGAGAAUGCCGACCGGCCACCAGCCCAUGCCUACAUCCUACAUGUAUGAGAAGGCCAAACAACAACCCGCCGAUGUCAUAGUCCUCUAUAUAGUAACAGGAAUCGAACACGAAGAAAGAAUGCUAGUGCGCAUGUACAAGACAACUCCAUUCGUUUUCCUCAAGAACGAGUUGAGAGACAAGGACGACAUAGUCAGCGAACUAGCAAUCAAAGAUCCUGAUGGAGGAGAGUUUCCGGUGUUUGACUAUGAUACACCACUUUCUAUUGGUUUGAACCCCUUGAAUAUGUUGUUCUGGAGACCUAUGCCGGAUUUGCCGAUAGCUCUGGAUUUGACUGGGAAAGAUCAAUCGAAGGAUAGGCUUGCGUUUGGUCGAUGUAAAUGUUCUUGCCCAAAGACGUUCAGAGGGGAUGUGUACUUGUAG